UCCCUUCCGAGCGUCCGAGCUUCCUCCCUCCCGCCACCGCCUCAGCCAUGUCCACUCUCUCCUCCGCCGCCGCCGCCGCCGCCUCGACCCUCGUACUCCCUUCCUUCGCCCCCAGGGCGGCGGCCGCCGCCGCCCCCCGCUUCCUCGCCCUCAAGCCCGCCCCCGUCGCCCUCAGCCUCCACCACCUCAAGCCCCUCGCCGCCUCCCCUCCGCCGCUGUACUCGGCGGCUGCCGCCUCCUCCCGCUUCCUCCGCCGCGUCUUCGUGUCCUCCGACGUCGACCAGGAGGAAGGGGAAGGGGGCUUCCUGAGCGACGACGGGGGGCGCGCCUCCUUCUCCCCCGACCUCAAGCUCUUCGUGGGCAACCUCCCCUUCACCGUCGACAGCGCGCAGCUCGCAGGCUUGUUCGAGAGCGCCGGGAACGUCGAGAUGGUCGAGGUGAUUUAUGAUAAAGACACUGGGAGGAGCAGGGGUUUUGGGUUCGUGACCAUGUCCACGGCGGAGGAAGUUGAAGCUGCUGCUCAGCAAUUUAAUGGCUAUGAACUCGAUGGAAGGCCUUUGAGGGUUAAUGCUGGACCGCCUCCCGCUAGGAGGGACGGCCCACCACCUAGAAUGGGUAGAGGCGGAGGCGGGGGCAUGGGCGGGGCAAAUUCCUCUAACCGUGUCUAUGUGGGCAACCUCUCAUGGGGUGUCGAUGAUCUGGCACUUGAGACAUUGUUCAGUGAGCAAGGUAGGGUUUUGGAAGCCAAGGUGGUGUAUGACAGGGAGACGGGCCGGUCAAGGGGUUUUGGCUUUGUAUCCUACGGUUCUGCUGAUGAGGUUAACAACGCCAUCGACUCCUUAAAUGGCGUGGACCUGAAUGGAAGGUCAAUUCGAGUCACCCACGCAGAAGCUAAGCCAAGGCGCCAGUUUUGAGCCUAGAGGAGCGGGAUUGUUGGAUCUGUCACAUUUUAAAUGCUUCGCGUGAAAGUAGAGAACUCUGGAUUCUAAUCUUUUCAGGAGCCAUGAAGUGCAAGUACUUUUCCUCAUGGCCUGAUGAUCCGGAGUGGCAUCACCGGAGUACAAUACUACGCGGCUGGAAGCUGUAAUGAAGGCUAUCGCAGAAGAAAUUGCAAGCCCUGCUCUGAUCUCGAUGGACCGCGUGAUUUGGCCUUCUUGACCUCAUAGUAGAGUUUUGAGAGACAUGGGAUGCCAUACAUUUGUGCUUUUGCGUUCUGGGAUUUUAUAGUUCCUUUUUAGAACAUGAUCAGUGUAAUCUCUUUUGCUAGAAUUAUCGAGUUGUUUAUAUACUCUUUGAAGUAUUAUGUGAUUUCGAUUUCAGA